AUGGCGACUUCACAAUCUCUCCCUCCGCCUCUUCCGGCAGGCGGGUCUCAUGUUAACGUUCAUCUGCUUGAUGGUGGUAGUUUCGUGGCCGAUACGAUACGGCUACAUUCUCAGGUUGAUAAUGAACGAGUCCGGCUAUACAACUGGGCUUUUCUGAUACGUCAUCCCGUAUCUGGGCGAGAUAUACUCUGGGAUCUCGGAAUGUCCGGCGAAAAGAAAGAUUACAGCACGAUAGUGGCAGAAGUGUUUUGGCCUGAUCUUGAAAUGGUCGGCCCACGAAAGACCUUACGGCAACAGAUCAAAGGAUGUCUUUCUCUGGAUCCAGACGAUAUUGAGACAGUUAUUUUCAGCCAUGCGCACUUCGACCAUUGUCGACCCAUAGCGGGUGAAUUCCCCAAUGCGAAGGCUCUUUUUGGUCCUGGUACCUGGGAUUAUUGCGCCCCGGGCCACUUCGCGGAGCCAAGCAGUCAGUGGGAUGGACGAUUCUUCGAUCCCAAGAGAGCGACCGAACAAUCUAGGGAGCUAGCUGGACCGUGGGUGCCCUUCGGGCCAUUUGAUGAAGCAAUGGAUUUCUAUGGAGACGGCAGCUUCUGGAUCAUCAAAGCACCCGGGCAUAUGCCUGGUAAUUUGUGCGCGGCUGCCAGACUUCGAGACGGGCAGUGGAUUGUGCUCGGCAGUGACUGUUGUCACACACGCGAGAUUUAUGAUGGUACGUACGAUUUCGGUGUUUUCAUUCUUCGCGACGGAGCGGAAGCGUCACUUCACACAGACAUUUCCGCAGCAAGGGAGACAAUACGAAGAAUAAAGGUCAUGGAAAGGGAGUAUGGAGCGCACGUUGCUUUCGCGCACGAUGCCACCUGGAUGAUCAAAGGCGACGAUGCAACUUUGAUGUCAUUGUUGAGUGAUACGAUUAAGGAGGCAGCGAGGGAUCGGUUGCCCCUUGGUAGAGUCGCAUGA